GUUGCCCAUUUUCGCUGAAUGCCUGAUCUGCGUCUUGCUGUCGACACUCCAUAGUCUCUGGAUCUCGAUCUCCACUUUGCUUCAACUUCAGCUCUUCUUGUACUGAAACUUGGGAAAUAGAAGUUUGAUAUAUUGGUCUCUUUCUUCAAUGGGGGAUACUGAGAAUUCCCUUCCACCAUCAAAGAAAAGAGCUGCUGGAAGGGAGCUCACUCGAGACACUCCUUUGGAUGAUGAGGAAGAUAGCCCUGAGCUUGAUGCUGGAACUUUCAAAAGGGCCAGUGAUGAGGUUCUGGCAACCAGAAGAAUAGUCAAAGUUCGCCGCCAGCAGACCAAUUCUGCUCCUUCGUCAAAUCCUUUUGCUGGAAUACGCUUGGUUGCUCCUACCGAGUCCAGUGAAAAUCCCUGUGAAGCUACUACCAAAACACAAGAAGCUGGUGAGAAUACUGUUGCAGAUGAUUUGAAAGGUAGUGACAGUGUAAUCAAAGAGUCUGAGAAAGCUAAAGAUGAAGAAGGUAAGGAAUCAGAGACAGAGGGAAAACCUCAUGAGGUGGAGGAUAAAUGUGCUGAAAGUAAGGAUGCUGCUGAAGGAAGCAAUGCAGAGAAGGAGAAUAAUGAUAACAAAUCUAAGGUAGAUGAUGAGCAAAGGAAGGAUGACAAUAAAAGCGAAAAUGAUGACAAGAAGAACAAUGAAAAUAAGGAGAGUGCCAGUGAGGAUGAUAAAGAACAAUCUAAGGAUGAAAAUAAUGCCGCAAACGAUGAUAAGAAAGAAAAUAGCGAAAACAAGGAUAAGAACGAUGAAAAAGUUGAAAGUGAAGAACCUAGUGCUGAAGUCAGCAGUUUGAAGUCAUUUCAACAGCUUUCACAAAGUCAGAAUGCUUUCACAGGUCUUGCUGGAACUGGAUUUUCUUCUUCCUUGUUUUCCUUUGGGUCUGUGUCAAAUGACGGGUCUGCUUUGGGCAGUGGGUCUGGUUCUAUUUUUGGAAUGAAAAAUGACAAGCCUCUUGGUUUGGGUUUAUCCAACAAUGGAAGUUCCGGUUUUGGGGCAUCUGCUGUUUCUAAGAGUGAUGGAAGUGGUUUGUCAACCCUGCAAGAAGUUGUUGUUGAAACUGGUGAAGAAAAUGAAAAAGUAGUUUUUAAUGCAGAUUCAGUAUUGUUUGAAUUUGUGGAUGGGAGUUGGAAGGAAAGAGGCAAGGGAGAAGUGAAGGUGAAUGUAACUAGUGGAACAGAAAAAGCCCGACUACUCAUGAGGUCUAGGGGAAAUUACAGGUUGAUUUUAAAUGCACGUCUAUACCCUGAUAUGAAGCUCACAAAUAUGGACAAGAAGGGUGUUACUUUUGCUUGCAUCAAUAGUGCCACCGAAGGGAAGGAUGGUCUUUCAACAUUUGCUUUGAAGUUCAAAGAUGGGUCCAUAGUGGAGGAGUUUAAAGCUGCUAUCAUGGCACACAAGGGCGAGGCAUUGACGCUUCUCAAGGCUCCAGAAAAUUGUCCCGAGGCUUCUGAUGUAUGAGAUAUAUGUCACUUACUGGAUACUCAAUUUUCUCACGAACUCCUUCCCCCUAGUUGUAUGGCAGAGUCUAUCAUAUUUGAGACUAGUACUUUAAUUUGAGUCAAAUCUCCAAAUUAUAAAGGAAUAUAAUUUUGGAUAAAUCUUGAAUUUAGAAUACUUAGCUCUUAAACAGUGGAACAUUCAAUAGGAUUAUUGCAGGAUUAUUGCUUUUAAGUCCAGAAUUCGAUUAAUUUCAACGUCCAAAUACCUAACGUUAUCUGUCAAUCAUGGCUAGUAAAAGCGUUUG